AUGAUCCUUCAUCUCUUCUUGGCAGCAUUUGUGGGUUUGGGCUCCGCUCAUGAAGACAGAAAUCUUCCGGUGCUGGGACGACCGGUGCUGUUUGGACCUUCUGUUGCACUUGUGAAGAGAGCAGUGGAGUUUUACUGUGAACUUUUAGAGCAUCCAAACAAUGUGACUAUCCUCCUGCAGCUGUUCAAGGAGGGUGUGUACAGUAAGCCGCUGGCUGAGUCCACGUCGCUGAAUGGAGAGAAAGGAGUUUUCCCCGUUGUGAUUAAAACGUUUCAUGAUGGAAACCUGGAGUGUGUGGCGCGUGCUCAGAACAACACGUCCAUCCAGCCAACAACAAGCUUCCACCACCACCUCCGCGUCGUGGAGCCGGUGAAACAGGCGCAUAUUGUGGUCAGUUCAGGACAGACGGAGUUUUUUGAAGGCCGGACGUUGGAGCUACAAUGUGAACUGGAUAAGGGAAGUUAUGUGACCUACUAUUGGUUUCUCGACGAGCACGAUAUCACAGAAACGCAACACCGAAAGGUUUAUGAGAAUCGUCUCAGAAUCAUCAGAACGACCUCGAGAGACAGCGGUUCUUACAUGUGUAUUGCUCAAAACUCUUACAACGAUACCAUCUUCAGUUCAAAUCCAUCCACAGUUAACAUCACAAUCAUAGAUAUUGUGUCCGCUCCAAACAUCUCCUUCACUGUCCUGAAAGAGAACCAGAAUUACUCUGCGUUGGUGUCGUGUAGUUCUCUCAGAGGGACUCCUCCGAUCAUGUUUACUCUUUACAAUAUGGAUGAAUUGAUGGGUAACGUGACAGUGCAGGACCGACAAGCAACGAUCAAAGUCCCCAUAGUUUUGAGGAAGCACCUGGGAUGGCUCCAAUGCAGAGCGGACAAUGGAGACCAGAGCGCACACAGCCCCUGGAUCCCAUUAGAAGUCGUGCCAGUCGAAGGCCCAGUCACUCUACAAUUUGACUACAGCACUGGGUCAAACUAUGCAGUGGUGGGAGUGACGAUUUACUGCCGGCCGUCAAAGGGAUCCCAUGUAAAGUUUGAGUGGUUCCUCAACAAAACACUGCUCCCACACAUCCAGGGGCCGAGCUUCUAUAAAGUGGUGGACGACCCCCCACAAAGGUCCACCCUGUUACUGGCAGUGGGCCGGAGCAGUGUAGGGACAUACCACUGCAAAGUGUGCGACCAAUACGACAACACAACUGCUGUUCGCAGCCGAGGAAAAUACCUUGAUAAAGAAGUGGUAAAUCGUAUUCCGGAUGUGGUGGUCGCUGUGGUCUUUGGUUGUUUUGCUUGUAUUAUCGGCAUGGUCUGCAUCUGCUGCACAAUCGGCUUUGUAUACAGACCAAGGACCUAUGACGUCAAGCCAGUAGUUGGGGUUAAGAUGAAGAACAUGCUUUAUGAAGAUAAUCUGGAGUAUUCUGAGUACACCGAGGAUACUGGAGAUAUGAAGGAGUCUACAAUGGAUCAAUUUGACCAGGCGUCGGUGGUGUCAAUGGAGGAUUGGACCUGCACCUCUGACCCACCCCCAGGCCGCGCGCACAGGACCAGAGCGUGCACGCGCCUGGCCUCGCGCCAGACGCCUCCAGCUCAGAGCUGCCACAGAACCGCCUCAGAGCAACUACAGCAGCGAGAGGAGCGGGAGCAGAGGCUGGAGUUUAGCCGGAGUUUAGCCAGAGUUUAG